GUGUUAUAGCAAAUAUGGCGAUGUCCAUGAGGAGGGCAUUACUGCCUCUGCAUCGAAUGAGAUGCAGCAAUUUGAAGGUAUUAUUUGAGAGAAUAUUGAUUGCUAUAGCUAUAAUUUACACAUAAUUCAUUGAAAUGUUGACUGCCCUGCUCCAGAAAACACCACCGAAAAAAGCUGUAGGUUUAUAGUCAGCAGUAGCUAGCCUAGCUAGCUGGCUAGCUAGCUAACCUAGCUUAACCCAGCAAGCAGAUCUUUUUGGAAGGCAACUCUUGCUAAAACAGUCAAUUUGUCAACUGACGAAGUUUUAAACCAGUUUAGCUAUCUAGCUAGUCUAUACUCAUUAAUCAAUGACCGUAGCCUACCUAAAAUACAUUAAACUUAAUAAGAUCUCAUAAUUGCAUUUUAUGACACUGUUUUCUACAGUCUCUUUGACUAGCAUCAUCAGUUUUUUGUAUUUAUUUCCAAAACCAAGUUGUUUGUUCAACUAAAUGCAUAAACGACAAUUUUCUCAAAUGUACCAUCAUAUUACUAUAUUAACCAUACAAUAAUAACCAAUUGAUAAUGAUGUUCAAUUCUCUUAUCUCCAUGAUUGCAAACCAUAUGAACAAAUUGUGCUAUAACCAUUGCAUAUACUGGUACUCCAUGAUUUCUUAUCUAAUCCACCAGCUUUUCCCUCAUGCAGAAUGCAGAGGCUUCACUGGAGGUACGGUAUCCCCUGCCCUUUGUUGUCCCGGUAAGGACCAAGAAGCGCUACUUCAUUCCCCCUGCAGUGGGGUUAAAAGGGAAGGCAGCAGCGUCGGCAGACCAGGAGGCCAAAGCCAGAGCGGCAGGUGUUGUCCUGAGGCAGGAGUACAUGGAGAGAGCCAUCAACAUCGCCUGCACUGGUACAGACCUGUUUAUGUGCAUUAAUACAGGUUUCAAAAUGUCAGACAGUCUGACACUACUGUUGAUGACUGCAUAUCAGCAGUAGUGUAAGACUGGCAGCCAUUUUGAGAACAUAUGUUCUAGACUUGUUCUCAAAGCGAGCUAGACCAGUACAGUAUCAGCAUAUAAAUUAUGGUCAUCUUCAAGUUCAAACCUUGAGUUUGUUGUACACAGAAUCAAAGUUAGGCGGGUUGCCACUGUUACAGUGAAGCUUAUAGUAUACAUAGUCACAAUAACCAAUAUCUCUCUCCUUUCCCCUACCACAGCGGGAGUGUUUGACCCCUAUAUCCCCCCAGAAGGUGAUGCUCGUCUCUCCAGUCUGUCCAAAGAGGGUCUGAAACAGCGCACAGAGCAGAUCAAACAGGGUGCUGCCUCCCAGCUAGCGUAAGACUGUCUUCCUGUGUUACACUCUAACAUUGACCCCCGCCCCAUUGUUUAUCUUUUUGUAGGAUAUUGAGGGAUCGUUCCUUAUCUUUCACACACACUCAAAUACUCCCAGCUAGCAAAGACUGUCUGUCAUGUACUCCUUAGAUAUUCUUACUCUCAAUUAGUAUUAGACUUAGACUGAGUACCUAUGUGUAACUUAUAUUGCAAGAACGCCUUUGGCAUUGAAACAAACCCGGUCACACUUUAAACGAACUUAGAAAGGCUUUAUAGUACAUUCAUGAAGGCCUUAUAAAGGGUCUAUGAAGGCUUAAAAGUUGUGGUUCAUUUAAAGUGGGAACACAAACCUCAUCUCCCCUGCAGGAUACGCAAGAUCAAAGACCAUGACGCUGAGUUCACCACAAAGGCAUUCCCAGUGAAGGCUCAGGAGAUCUUCAUUGAAGCUCACAAUGCUCUCACACAGUAAGAGAUACACUCACUCUCAUAUGACCCAUGUAAACUUCUCCCUAUCCUGCUUACACUCUUGGCUACCAGGCAAAGAUGAUCUGUGAAAGGGGUGGGUGGUGUCCCCAGUUAUUCCAGUGAGGCAUUUCUAAUGGAAGUGAGAUAGUGACUCACUGUGGUCAUGAUGGAUAUAUUGCUUUCACUGAUAUAGCUUGCUGUUAAAGUCUGUUUAGGCUAAUCUUGUUUGUCAAUCUGAACUACCUGAUUUGGUCUGGUCAUUAAGAAAAUGCAGCGGCCAUGACUGAAUGCAAACAAGAGUUGUCUUGGGGGGGGGGGGGGUUAAUGUGGGUGUCUCGUGUGUGUGUGUUCGCACAUGGCAAGCGUUUGUACAUUCACUCUGCCAAAACAGUACACAGUUAGUCACUCAGCCUUCUAAUCAACUUGAAACAGUCUAACCAGGUCUUUUCUUGAAGUCGCCUAGGCUAGCUAGUGCUAGCCAACUUCUUUCUCCAAUUAGCUUCAGCCUGCUGGGUGUGUGACCGUGGUGAAGUUGGUUUGACAUUGGAUAGCCCAUCUCUGGGGCUAGUUAGGGUCCGUCAAUAAAUUACACAAUGUAAAUGGAACAAUAUUUUCAUAUUGUGCAUCUUUUAGUUGUCUCAUUAAAUGCUUUAAAUAUUUCUAUAUCAAUUUCUACAAUUGAUAGUUUGUUUUGAGGUUUUUAAGUAAUUGAAAUAAGGAGCUAUUGACAUUUUAAAAUAUUGUCCCAUGUACAUUGUGUAUUUUACCGAUGGUCCCUAACUAGCCCCAUAGGUAUAUCGAAUGUCAAACCAAAUUGACCAUGGGCAUUACAAUCUGGUUGUGCAGCUGCGCUCCGAAUUGAUGAUUACUUGGGUGCUGCCAGCUUUGGGCAUGUGGCCAGGAUUGAAAUAAACACAACCCUAGGAAAACUGUUACGGUACCCUUCAUUCCAUGACAUACCAUUUUUUCCCCUAUCAUCUUGCAAAUCUCAGUUUUGGAUGAGACUGACUUUAUUACCAAAAUUAUCCUAUUUACACUUUAUAGUACAUUUUGACACCAGAAUAAAUGUUUCUGGCUCAUCGAUGCCACAUAGGCCGCUAUCAAAAUGAGAAGUUGGUGUUUAGGGGCAGUCGCUCUUUAAGCGUAUCACCCUUCUUCUGUCUGUGUGUUUCAGGUUUAACAAGGAGAAACUUCACUCCCUUGUGACAGAAAGAUGUUACCCUGUAAGUUCUCCCUCCUUCAGGCAGUUAUUGUCACCAUCACUAGGACACUUGCUUUAACUGUUACUGUUUAUACAAUACACAGGCUAUUUAUUUCAGCAUGUAUAUUUAUCUUCAGUUCUAUUUGCACUGAUACAAUCCCAGUGUUAUCAUGAUGUCAUGAAAAUUGCUGCUGCUGCAAAUAGUGUGUGUGUGGUUGCACUUUAGGGUUGGGCGGUAUCCAGAUUGUCAUACUGUCAUGUCAUACCUUUUCUGUGCCAUACUGGUGUAUGCGGUAUUACCAGAAGUGCACACAAGGGGCGCUGUUUUUAAACGCUCAAAACAAUUUAGAAACCGGGCUCUUGAUCCAGUAGGGGAUUGAAUGUCUCUGCUGUAACCAAGAAGCUUGAUCUUGAUGACAUCUAGCCAGUUAGCAAACCAAAUGCAUAGCUGGAGCCCUGAGUUGGUAUAAUUUAUUUGACACAUCUUAGAUUUCUUAUAGUUAUACUUAACUUACAGUUAUAAGCAGUGGGGUAGCACGGAGACCACGUGAGUUAGGGUGCCCCCAACGGUAUAUCACCCAAGCCUAUUGCACUUCAUUUUACGGUACAGAAAUAACCAAAUAUUUUCCUAAGAAAUAGUAUGAUAAAACGUUAAUUACACUUAUAACCUAUGUUAUAACCUAGAAGUUACUUGUUGUGUUUGUCUUUAGGAUGCUCUUUUAGCUUAGAUGACAUUAGCUCACUGUCUGUCCAUCCUGUGCAGGAGAUGGUUAGGGGGAACCGCUACAAGACACUGCGGUGGCAUUUCGUGGAGUCCCUGGAGCCGCCCAAGGUGGUGCAUGCCCGCUGCCCAGACAUGGUCAGCAAAGGCAACAUGUAUGGGCAGGUUACGGUGCGCAUGCACUCCAGACAGGUGAGACGGACAGUCUCAAACACACAGUCUGUCACUCUGAAAAGGGUUGUCAUCAUUUUGGAAUACUGUCAUGAUAAACCACACAGGUUGGGUACUAUGGAAUCCCACAUUUUGAAAUGUUAAAAGGAGACAAUGGUGCUUUGCUUAGCUUUAACUAUAAGGGUCAGCAUUUAUUUAUAGACUGAAACAUUCACAUUGCAAUAGCAUUAGCAUAGUAGUAAUGAGUGAACCAAUUAGUAAUGGACCAAUUAGUAAUGAGUGAACCAAUUCUCUCUUAACUCACUCAUUCUCUUUUCUCCUUUCCCCCUACCUUCUCCUGCCCCCUGAAUCUGUCCCACUCUUAUGGCUGAACGUAACCACCCUAAUGGCUACAUCAUCGUUUCACCAUAAUCAUCAAUAAGGGUUGUCUUACCUUGUUGCGUUACCUGAAUUAACAUAAUUCCUAAAUUGUUAACUCGUGCCUGUUCUGGUGGUUAGACCCUGGCUGUCUACGACCGCUUCGGCAGACUGAUGAUGGGGAGCGAAGAGGAGCCCAGGGAUGUGCUGGAGUACCUGGUUCUGGAGAGGCACCUCAUCAACCCAUACGGCAUGUGGAGGUUACAUGGCAAGAUAGUACCAGCCUGGGCCCCAGUCAAGGAACCCGUCGUCAAGGUGACCUUUCAUAGGAGUCUAUAGCAAGUUUUCUGAUUAAAGGGGCACUUCACAAAUUAAUGAGGUUAAAAAGUGGUGAUGUGCCCCUUUAACUCUGUUUACCAAAAGGGUUGAUUAGAAAGUUAUUAGAUGACUUAAUGAAAUUCCUGAAUACAUUUUCUGUUCAUUAUUGGAAUGGACUUUAAUGAUUUGUAAUGUACUGCAACUCUGUUUACCAUAUGUGUUUUGUCUCGGACAGUUUUAGAACUGGCCUUAGAUUUCCUCAUUCAGUGUUCUCAGUAACUUGUAUGGUACUUAAAAGCUAAUAUGAGCGCCCAUUUGUCUGUGGUUUUAAUUUCUGCUUACUGGCUUUAUUUCCUCUGUUUCAGACCGUUAUGAUCCCUGGCCCGGACCUCAAGCCAGGCGAGGAAUUUGAGGAGCUCAACUAUGAAGUGCCCAAGCCUAAGGCUGUGCAGUGGCACAAAUAGACCACAGGUGGGAGCUGCAAUUCUGGGCCAUCACAUACAGACUCAAAAUCAAAUGUUAAAAUGAACAUUCUAGUUUUUUAAAGAAAACAUAAUGAAGCUACAUUUAGUUUUCUGCCUUUUUUAUGUAAAAAUACACUGUUGUUCGUCACACCUUACACGUGUAUAUCUAAAACACUUAAAAUAAUCCAUAUUGUCCAGAUCUGUAGAGAUUGUAUGGUUUAUUUCAAUGGUGAAUAUAUUACAUGUUAAUUUAAAGAAUACAAAAAUAAAAUGUCCCAUCUCUUUUUUCAUACCUUUUUGAUUUCAGUGAAUGUACAUUUAUAUCAGAAUAAUCUGUACUUUUCAUAGGCAAUACAUACAAAAAUAACUGAAAUCUCAACCGAAAUAAUUUAACAUACAUACAAAAAGGAUGCAUUGUGUAAUGAUGAUAUUUGAUUCUACUUAACAAAAAGACAUAGCACACCCAUUCAAAAAACACAUUACAUGCAUCAAAAAACAUUUACAAAACUAAGUUGGUCCAUUGCGAAUAACAUGAGGCAGCGCAUGAAGAUGAUAUCACCACCACACAAACUUUAAUUGUCACUGAAUGAGGAGAUGUGGCAAAUUUGGAUGGAUUACAUUUGGUAAAUAAAGCAUGGAAAUGGUGAAUAAAGCAAUCACAAGGGCCAUAUGUACAGUUUUAGGAGGACUAUACUGAGGUGCAGUUAUUUUAGGGCAACUGUUUCCAAAUUGAGUUGUUGCUUAAAAAAAAAAAGUUGAAAAAGGUUCGGUUUUGCAUCCUCCUCAAAGUGUAGGUAUACCUUUUUAAAUAUAUUAAUUAAUUAAUUCUGCUAAUAAAAUUGGUAUUAUCAGUAUUGUAAAUUAUUCAAAAGAACAGAUUAUAGCUAGUUCUUCACAAGUCAGUAUUGAAUUAGUACGAUUUAAGUUCUCUGUUAAAGUUAGAUGUAUUAUAUUAUUAAUAAUAGCACUGUGUCUGUGGGGACAUGAUUAUGUUGUUCAUCUACAUUACUGACAUUACAUUUUAUAUCCUUGUAGCCACGACUGUGUAAUUGACACAAUUGACUUUGAAAAAACACACAUUAAUAUUACAGCUGGAAAGCUGUCCUUAAAUUGUAUGGAAUGUGUUUAUAGCAGGCAACACAAGGACAUGCAUCACCACUAUUAUAAUCAGUGAUUUCCAAAAUCCUGGCUGUGCUUACAAGUUAACCUGAAGGAACACUGGUCUAGUGUAGAUUAUUUCCCUGUGUGUCUAUAAGGAGUUAUCACCAGCUUCAUAAAGCUCAGGCUGUUAUUUUUGAAACACAUUGUCAACCUUUUACAGUCAUGGCAAUCGGGUUUUAACUGUGUGAUACAGAAGAGCACAUUGUCACUUAUAAACACACAAAGACACAGAAAACAAUAUACAUCUCUAAAAGGGGUCAAAGUGGGAAGAAGAAGAGCGACUGCAUCCAGACGCUUUCUCUGAUUGAGAACCUGGGGGGGUAAAUGUACCUCUGGUGGACAGAGCCGUUGCAGAUCCUGGCCCAGGGGCAUAUUGCUUGUGUAGCAGUGUCUGUUGGGGAGUGUUAUGGAUGGACAGUCCAGGGGCCUUUGCUACAUUCAGGUUUGCAGAGAUCAUGUCCGAUUCAUUACCCCCCUGCUAUGGGACAGCUUUGCACAGUGACCCAGACAGUGAAUCAUGUGCAACAACCCACUGAGACCAUUCUUGUUCUAGCCAGUAACUGACAGGCCUGGCGUUUACAAGUCGGAUGGGAAGACGAAGGCUUCUGCAGCACUCUCGGCAUCGUCUUCCUCCUCUUCCUCUUGGAAUGUUUUCAGGCUCCCAUGUAAAAACGUCAGAGUUAUUGUCGUGUUCUGUGAUGGAUGAGGGGGAGGCGGGUGGUUUGGUUCCCUUCCAUCUCCCAAGGGCACAUAGCAUCACGCCGAGCCAGGGGCAUGUUAGCUUUGGCCGCCUCUGCCGCCUGCGUGCUGCCGGCUGCAGGUUCUUCAGCGUCACCCUCUUCCAUAGAGAGUGCACCCUGGGUCUCUGUGACGUCCUCUCUGCCACUGGCAAGGAUAGUUUCCUCUUUCUCUGCAGACUUUUCUGGUUCAUCAGUUUCCCAUGGGCAAAUGUCUGCUCGAACACUUUCUUGCUUUUUUAUCUUCUCUGGUUCUAUAGGAUCCCUGGUCUCCCAUGGACAAAUGUCUGCCUUGGUGCUGUCCUGCCUUUUAGUCUUUUCUGACUUUUCAGCUGGACCAGUUUCCCAUACACAAACAUCUGCCUGAACACUGUCUUGCUUUUUCAUCUUUUCUGGUUCUUUGGGGGCAUCAGUUUCCCAAGGACAAAUAUUAACUUGAACACUGUCUCGUCUUUUCUCUUUAUGUGUUUCCUUGGAGAUAUCUGCUUUAGUACUGUCUUGUCGAUUUGUCUUGUCAGUCUCUCCAGUUUCCCAAGGACAAACAUCAUCUUUCUCCUCUGUCUUUUUUGGCUCCUCAGUUUCCCAUGGACAAACGUCUGGUCGAGUGCCAUCUCGUCUUUUUGUCUUGUCUGGCUCAUCAGUUGCCCCAGCUUCCCAAGGACAAACAUCUUCCAGAACACUGUCUUGUCUUUUAGUCUUUCCUGUUUCUAUGGAGACAAUAGGCAGAGUGAUGUCUUGCUGCUCUGUAUUUUCUGGUUUCUCAGUCUCCCAAGGACAAAUAUUUACUUGAACGCUGUCAGUCUUUUUUGGAUCAGCUUGAGUGCUGCCUUGACAAACAUUUGUACAAGGGCCGUCUUUUCCUUCUGUCUUUUCUUGGUCUCCAAUGUCCCAUGGACAAAUGUCUGUUUUUGCGACUGUGGUCUCCUGGGAAAAUGAUCCUUUGGUGAUAUUUAUGGUUAUGGGUGGUGUUGGACUCUCCUCCUCUUCCCAAGGACAAAGUACUGUCAAGUCUUUCGGUGGGUCAGGGAAUUCCCAUGGACAUGCUUUCGCUAAGGGGACACUUAGUUUUUCAGGGGCAGAUUUAGCUUGCUCUGUGCUUUUUGUUUGUACAUCUUGUUUCCCAAUGCUUGGCGUGUCCAUUGAUUCCCAAGGACAGACAUUCUCCCGUACACCGUCUUGGGAUGUUGGGGUUUCUUCAGAUUCCCAUGGACAGACUUUGGCAUGUAUUGUCUCCUGACGUUUUGCUGGCGCCUUACGCAAUCCCUUGUCCUCCUGUGGAUUAACAUUUUCAUAAAUAAUCGCUACCUUUACUUUUUCAGGGAAGGAAUCCCCCACAUCCCAAGGGCAGACAUCAACCCGUACACUCUCUUGGGGUUUCAGGCCGUGAGAAGUCUGUGGGGUUUCAUCGGUUUCCCAAGGACAUACAUCUGUUGGUUUCUUGUUUCGACCCUCUGGUUUCUUCUCAGACUGGUUGGACGCUGAGGUAAUUGGGUUGGCAGAAACAUCAGCUUCCCAAGGGCAUACAUCUCCCCGGACACUCUCCUUUCUUUUCAUUACUUCUUCCAAUACUUCUUCUGAUUCCCAAGGACAUACACUGACACAUGCAGGCGCCUUUGGAUCCUCCUCUGGUUCCUCCACCUCCCAUGGGCAGAUGUCUGCUAUGGUGCUCUGUUGUCUCUGUGGGGCCUGCAUGGAGGAAGCAGGAACAUCCCUUGGGCAAAUAUCUGAUUGGUCAACACUCAAAGCAGGCCUAAUUUGGCUACCUCUUCUGUGAGUGGAAGGAGUCUUAGCUGUGUUAUGUGCACUGUUUUCCCUUGAGAUGAACACAUUUUCAUACAUACUGUCCUUUUGCAUGUCCUCUGAGUCCCAGGGAUAGACAGUGGACUGUACAACCACUAUUCUCCUAGGACUUCUUUCAGAGGAAUCACUUGAGGACACCCUGAUUGCAGCCUGUUUCACGAGGGCAGGUUUCACACCUACUGUUGUCAUACUUCUUUUCUGCUGUGUCCUCUUGUCUACGCUUGAAACACUAUAUUUCUUCUCCAAAUUUGAAACACUUGGUGAUUUCGUUUUUGCGCUUGAAAUGCUUGGAGUUUUUAAUUUUAAUGCUGCGACGACAGCGAUGGCGGCUACACUCCCCUGGCUUUUUUGUGAAAUUGAGUCCUGUUUCUUUACCGUAUCUGCUGCUGUCUCCUUUUUGGCUUUUUCCUUGAUGCUUGCAUCCACAGAUCCUACAAAAGAUUUCACAGAGAGCCAUUUCUGGGUGGAAGUGCGGAAGGAGAAGGCCCGCAUGUCCUUUGCGGCCUUUAUGGACCCAGGUACACUAGCGGAGAUGGGAGCCUGGGGUCUCAGGGACUCGCAUUCUGCCUCUCCCCCUUGUGAAUCCCCAGCAGGACUUUCUGCUGGGGUAGGAACUGGUAUAUGGUCCCAGGGGCAAAUAUGUUUCAGUAUUGGUGAUAAUAAACUCUCUGGACUCUGUGGUUCUUCCUCAGAGGGAGCAAAGGUAACGUGUGGCUGGUUCUUGUUGGCAGGGCGUUCCUCCUCCAGCUCCCAGGGACACACUUCGGCCUUGUCAUAGGACUGGGAUUGCACAAGGGCACUUGAGGUCUGAUCCUUGAUAGCAACAUCCUGUUGGGACUGCCCUUGCUCGCCUGGGGUAUCUCUGCCUACCCGGGAGGUGUCUUCCAGACUGUGGGCUUUACUGGACGCUAAACUCAGUGACUUGUGUAGCUUGGUAGGUCCAGGAAGCAGGAGAUUGUUAUUGACUGUAAGGUUUUGGGCACUGGCCGACUUACAGACCAAUGGUGCGAUAUACAGCGAGUCUGUCUCAGAGCGCUGUGAGCACCUCUUAGCUAGAUUCGCCCUUAACAUGGAGUCGUGCAAGGAGGGGUCCUUAUCUGUUACAUAGUCAUAGUCACUUUGAGAUUUACGCAGCACUGGUGAAGGCUGCUUUACUGGUUCAUCUUUGUAAUUUACGUUAAAAGUAUCUGGCGCUCUCUUACAGGACUCAGAGUGCGUAACAUCCCUGCUGCCCAGGUUGACCUCUUUGCCCUCACGGCUGCACUGUCGGCUCAUGGACUCUGGGAUCUCAGUGAUACGCUUUAUGAAGGACCGGCCCAGCCCGCGCCGAGAGCUGCGCUUCUUCUGCAGGUGGGGGUUGUUUGCUGUCAUCUUCUUGGUCUUGUGGACCUCCAAUUGACCAUACAAUUUCUUCAGCUCUUCCUGGUGCAGGUAAAAAGGAAGAGAGAAGGAAGGAUAAAGGGAAUUAGGGAGGGUAUUGGUAUGUGAGCAGAGGAAAAACCACAGGGAACAGUUAGUUGGGGAAGAGUUAUUGUUAAGGACAAGGAGAGCAAGUUUAGGGAGAAGAGAACGGUCAGGCGGAGGAGAAAACACAGGUCAGGUCUAUGCCAGGCCACAUAUUGUGAAAUACACACAGGGUUUUUUAUGUCUACGUUUUAUAAUGAAAAUUAGAGUUGGUUUUAAAUUAGUUUAAAGUGAUCCUACAAAUGGUUAUAGCAGUAAUUCGAUGUUUAUAAUUGUUUUAUUUUACUAAAGUUUAAAUUCGAUUUAAUAAUUUCUCCCCCUCUUGGCCUAGACAGUGCCUGAAUACAAAUGGUCACUUAGUAAGGGUCCAGGGCAGAAAGGGAGUUUACCCGAAUGUCAUCGGGGUCCAAGCUGUGGUCACUCCAAACUGCUGAGGUAAAACUGCUGUUGAGGUACGAGCCGGAUCGCCGCAAGUCCACCUCAUCCUCAUACACCUCCUUUGCAAUCUCCUCUCUCCCUGCCCUCGACACAUGGAGGAACUACAGAACACACACACACAGAGUAGUUAUGUGUCAGAGACAGAUUUAUACUUGCAUUGAUUGUGGAAGAAAAUUGC